CACUGUCCUAAAUGUAACACAGCUCUCGUCUCUCUCGCACAGCACAGCGAAGCCAUAAUUAUAAUUAAUUAAUAAUUUAUUUAUUUAUUUAAAAAGGAAAGAAAAGAGAAGACUUGCUAUUGUUAAGCGGUGUGUGUUUCAAGUGUCGUGCAUGCAUUUUAUGCAUCUGUUGCUUUGCAUGCAUUCUCUCUCUUCACACACUCUUUCUCUUAUAUUUAUAUACACAUACAUUGUAUAAUCUGUUUAUAGAGAGACAGGACAGAGGAGCUACCAGGCCUUCCUUGUUUGGUCUUCGCUUGCAUACCUAACAUCACCGUUACUCUCUCUCUCUCCUGCUCUUCAAACAACUUCUUUUGACUCAUCUUUACUCCCAUUUGAAUCGCUAUUACUCUCUAAUUUCACUGUUUGUUUGUAUGAAGGGGUUGAUUUUUCAGUUUGGGAUUAAAUGGGGUCCAAGGUUUGCAUGAAUGCAUCGUGUGGAAUUACUACGACGCGUGAAUGGAAGAGAGGCUGGCGUUUGCGAUCUGGUGGAUAUGCUUGUCUCUGCUAUACUUGCGGAUCUGCAUUUGAGAAUUCAGUUUACUGUGAUACAUUCCACUCGGAAGAAUCUGGUUGGAGGGAGUGUAAAAUAUGUCGCAAGCGUCUCCACUGUGGAUGCAUAGCUUCUACUUAUUUAAUUGAGAUUUUGGACUUUGGCGGUAUUGGGUGUACUACCUGUGCAAAAAUUUCUCCACUUAACUCGAUCCAUAGUAAUGAGAUUUCCAAUGGUUUUGGCUCAGUAACAGCAAAUAAUGCUGCUGAUCUGGAAUCCCCUCCUCCAAAAAAUCGAGUGGCUGGUAGUACUCAUGAUGAGGGAAAACUUGCACAAUUGUGCAGACUCAUGGAGGCUAAUGAAGCGAAACUAUUGUGUCUAUCUGAAGGAGCAGACACAAAUGCAAUUCCUGGGCAUUUCAGACAAGAGGAAAUCAUACAUCCAAUUGGGGAAGCUGGCACAUGCUUCCCAAAUGCAUCUCGGUUAUCAGUUGGACUAUCCAACUUUGCCAAGCCAGACGGUAUCAGAUCAAUAUUAGAGACGAAGGAUAUGCAUGGAUCACUUGCUCCAUCUUUGACUAUGACAUUGGGAGCUCCAUCAGGAACUACAGGCUUUGUUCCAUAUCCUUGUAGGGCUGCUGAAGGAAGAGAGAAAAGCGAAGCACCUCCUUUUCAGCAAGGGCAAAGAUCUCGUCCAAUUUUGCCCAAGCUCUCAAAGUCUGGCCCUGCUGCGAGUUCAGAGGCCAAAAAUGUUGCGGUUCCUGAGUUGCGUAUUGCAAGACCACCUGCUGACGGGCGGGGGAAGAAUCAGUUACUUCCCCGUUACUGGCCGAGGAUCACCGAUCAAGAGCUGCAGCAAUUGUCUGGAGUUUUGAAUUCUUCCAUUGUGCCAUUGUUUGAGAAGGUUCUUAGUGCCAGUGAUGCUGGUCGAAUUGGUCGAUUAGUUCUCCCAAAAGCAUGUGCUGAAGCCUUUUUUCCUCCUAUUUCUCAAUCUGAAGGCCUUCCUUUGAGUAUUAAAGAUGUUAAGGGGGGAGAAUGGACGUUUCAGUUCAGAUUUUGGCCCAACAACAACAGUAGGAUGUAUGUCUUGGAGGGUGUAACCCCUUGUAUACAAUCUAUGCAAUUACAAGCUGGCGAUACAAUAACAUUUAGCCGGAUAGAUCCUGGAGGGAAACUUAUCAUGGGAUUUCGCAAGGCAACAAACAACUCAGAUACGCAGGAAACCCAAACUACACUACCUGAUGCUACUGCUUCUGCAGAAACUUCUUUUUCUGCCGAUUGCAAUAUUGGCUGGAGCAAGGGUGAGAGUCAUAGAGGCAGGAUAAAUGGGGAGGCACUGCAGCAACCAACAACAGAAAAGAAGAGGUAUCGGAACAUUGGACCUAAGAGUAAGAGAUUACACAUGCAUAGUGAAGAUGCUUUGGAGUUGCGGCUUACAUGGGAGGAAGCACAGGACUUGCUUCGCCCACCUCCAAGAGUCAAGCCAAGCGUGGUCACAAUUGAGGACCAUGAAUUUGAGGAAUUUGAUGAGCCUCCAGUUUUUGGCAAGAGGACCAUAUUCGUCGAUCGAUCUUCUGGGGGGCAGGAGCAAUGGGCUCAAUGUGAUGAUUGCUCUAAAUGGCGAAAAUUGCCAGAAGAUGCUCUUCUUCCUCCAAAAUGGACCUGUUCAGAAAAUGUUUGGGAUUCAAGCAGGUGUUCAUGUUCUGCAUCAGAGGAGAUGAGUCCAAAGGAUUUGGAUAAUCUUCUGAGAUUGAGCAAAGAUUUCAAGAAGCGACGGAUAGUAGAAAGACAUAAGUUAUCUCCUGAAUGUGAGCCUUCUGGCUUAGAUGCUUUGGCUAGUGCUGCAGUACUAGGAGACAAUAUAGGCGACUUCGAUGAGCCAUCAGCUGGCGCCACUACAAAGCAUCCCCGGCAUCGCCCUGGUUGCACUUGCAUUGUGUGCAUUCAGCCACCUAGUGGUAAGGGUAAGCACAAGCCCACAUGCACAUGCAAUGUGUGCAUGACUGUAAAGCGCCGUUUUAAAACCCUCAUGCUGCGUAAGAAAAAACGUCAAUUGGAACGUGAAGCUGAAAUUUCCCAGCAGGACAACAAUGAUCACAAGGAUGAAUCGGAAAUGAUUAGCAUGUCGAGUAAUGUAGCAUUGCCUGUAAAUAAUUCAGAGAAUGAAGUCGGUCAAAACAAGGAAACUGAGUUGGCUGAAACCAGUGCUGGGCAAAUAGACCUAAAUUGUGAUCCUAAUCGCGAGGAAGUGCAGAUCGAUAUGCCAGGAUUUAGCAUGAUAAACAUCGGUGAUCCGUUUGAUAGUUAUAUUAAGCAAAAUGGGAUUGCAAACUUGAGAUGUGAUAGACAAUCUAGUUUUGGUUCGUCUUUACAUUCACAAAGCAAUGGGGAAUAUUCGAGAAGGCUAUCUGAUGAAGCAUUUCUUGAUUCUGUGGGCUGGAAUCGAGAAGAUAGAGAUGAUUGAGAAUACUGAGUAUUUGAGGAAGAGUCAUUCUCUGAUUAUUCAGUGUCAUUGUUGUUAUUCUCACUCUUUUUGUUGCUUGCUUGUCCUUCUCCAAAGGGGGCCGCUGUCAUACAGAUGAUCUUUCAUAGAGAAUGUAAUUUGUUUUCGGCUGCUUUAGCGAUUAUUAUUUUUAUUUUUGUUUUUAUUUAAUAUAUAAUAAGAAUUUUAGGGAAUAGGAAUUUCCUAUUGGUUAA